GGAAUAAUGAUUCCGGCCGUUUACGCGCUGAUUCCCGAUUCAACUAUGCUCACAUAUACGCGACUAUCUCGGAUUAUCCAAGACCUGUGCAGUGGGAUAAAUUUGACCUGGCAACCAGAACAAUUUACCACCGAUUUUGAGCUAUCUGCUAUCAAGGCCAUCAAUCUAAUUUUCCCGUUUUGCCAACUUAAAUGCUGUUUAUUCCAUUUCAGUCAGAGUAUUUGGAGGAACGUUGGCAAACACGGACUAGUACCAAGAUACAAAUCAGAUGAUAGUGAUGUUAAAAUGGCCGUAAAAAGAAUCGCUGCCUUGCCGUUUCUAAUUGUUGAUGACAUCGACAAAAUUUAUGAUCAGAUCAAAGCUGAAGCAUCUGCUGACGAUAGUUUCAAAAACUUUUUGGACUAUUUCGAACGAACCUAUUUAAUAAACGAUGCUCGCUUUCCGAAAGAGAUCUGGAACCACUUUGAUGAUCGUGACCCUAGGACAAAUAACCACGUCGAAGGAUGGCAUUCCGCUCUCAAUAAAACCGUUGGCCGUCAUCACGCGAAUAUCUACCAGUUUAUCGAAACAAUAAUCAAGCAUCAGAACAACUACGAAGUGCAAAUUCUUAUCGCUUCUAACGGAACUAGAACUAAACUCAACAAGAAGUACGCUGGUAUAAAUCAAAGAAUAUUAAAUCUGACCAAAGAUUAUUCAGAAAACAUUAUUUCAUCCAUAGAAUUCAUCGAUAAGGUCAAACAAUGUUUAUUUCUUUCAGAUGCGCAGUAAAUAAUCUUUAAUUUAAUAAAUUUUUUGUUAUUAAUUUUUUCUAUGCGCAGUAGU